AAUAACUCUACAGAUUCAUGUCUAGCUCUUGGGGUUGAAGAUGGUACUGUCUAUCUGACAGCAUCCAGCGAAUACAAUGAUGAUUUGAGGGCUGAUCGAGGACGGCUCAACACAGUAGCAGAUGGAGGAGGCUAUGGAGCCUGGGCAGCAGCAACUAUUAAUAAGGAUCAGUGGAUUCAAGCCGAUCUUGGUGCUAUAAAAGGUGUGAUUGGAGUAAUAACACAAGGGCGCAGUGAAGGUGAUCAAUGGGUCACAUCAUACAAAGUACAGUACAGUACCGAUGGUAGCAACUACUUACCAGUAUUGGGAUCGAGUGGCCAAGUUGAGACUUUCAGUGCAAACUCUGAUUAUAACAGCGAGGUGAAAAACACAUUCAACUCUGUUGUCUACACUCAAUUCAUUCGUAUCAAUCCAUUUACCUGGAAAAAGCACAUCAGUUUAAGAUUCGAGCUUCUGGGCACAGAUUCAUGUCUAACUCUUGGGGUUGAAGAUGGUACUGUCCGUCUGACAGCAUCCAGCAAAUACAAUGAUGAUUUGAGGGCUGAUCGAGGACGGCUCAACACAGUAGCAGAUGAAGGAGGCUCUGGAGCCUGGGCAGCAGCAACUAACACCCAGGAUCAGUGGAUUCAAGCCGAUCUUGGUGCUAUAAAAGGUGUGAUUGGAGUAAUAACACAAGGGCGCAGUGAAGGUGAUCAGUGGGUCAAAUCAUACAAAGUAAAUUACAGUACCAAUGGUAGCAUCUUCUUACCAGUAUUGGGAUCGAGUGGCCAAGUUAAGUCUUUCAGUGCAAACUCUGAUUAUAACAGCCAGGUGAAAAAAGUAUUCAACUCUGUUGUCUACGCUCAAUUCAUCCGUAUCAAUCCAAUUAGCUGGCAUGGACACAUCAGUUUAAGAUUCGAACUUGUUGGCGCAGUUCCACUGGAUAUGACACUGUUUUCCUUAAUACCACUGACAUCGUUGAACAAUAAAGCUGAAUUUCGUGGAUACGCUAUCAACAACUGCAAAACAACGGAUCUAACAAUCGGGAUAUUGUACAAGGAUGUGUAUGGCAAGGAUAAUGUAACAUGGGCUGAUACUGGAUAUUCUAGCAACAACAAUGACGAUACAGGUGAACAUUCAAAGAACAUGCCGGAUAAUAAAAUAUUUAACACUGAAAGCGAUAUAGCAUACAGGGUACAUGAUAAUUUUGUAUAUCUCGGUGUUAAAAAUUUACCAAACAAUGAGAGUGACGGUGUGUUUUCGUUUGAAGCAACAAAAUGUGCAAUAGGUUCCAGGUCUGCAAUUGUUGUGACAUCAUCAUUGGCCACCAUUAGAAUGCAGUUUCGAACGCUGACUGUCGGCAUUGGGGAAUCCGCCACUAUUAGCCUCAGUGAAGAUGGCGGUUUUAACGAUUUGCGCUGGAGACAUAAUUAUGGUGACGUAAUUCAAAUGUGGAGCGGUAAUUCUUCCGUUACGAUUAAAAAUAUACGAGCUAAAGAUGACGGGGUAUAUGAAUGUUAUGGAAGUGGUAGUCCUGAUGACAACCAUGGAGUAAUGAGACUCAUUGUCAGAGAUUGUCCGCUGCCAAAAUGGAGACCCCCUGAAUGUGAGAUGGAUUGUCCUGUGUGUUAUAACGGUGGAGUUUGUGACGAAAAGACCGGUAUAUGUAUUUGCCCUGCAGGCUUCAAAGGAGAAAACUGCCAAACAUCUUGUGGAAGCAACAACUGGGGUCGUAAUUGUGAUGUUGUUUGUACUACUGGAGAUGGCGAAGCUUGUAAAGGAAAGCUUUUUUGUCCUCCUGAUCCAUUCGGAUGCACCUGCAUCGACGGAUAUGGAGGCAACGAUUGCAACACAGCAUGUGCUAAUAAUCACUAUGGAGCAGAUUGCCGUCAAGUAUGUCAUUGCGAUUCAGGGGAAUGUGACAGAAAGACAGGGAAAUGUACAUCCGGGUCAUCUUGUUUGAUUAAUUACAUGGGACCAGCAUGCCAAGAAUUACAGCCAGGCCUGUCCUGCCCAUCUGGUUUCUUUGGUGUGUUGUGUAACUAUCCAUGUCAUUGUAAAGACUCGGCUGAUUGUAAUCGUAAUGGAAGCUGUGACAAUGGAUGCCACGAAGCAUGGGCUGGAGGGGACUGCAGCAUAGCACUACCUUACAGCUCCAAACCGCCGAAACUCUUGAAUCAAACAGCAACCAUCCUCAUGAUUGCUGCCUGCGGCUGGGAUCCAGUCCAAGACUAUGGAACAGGCACUAUUACCGGAUGUAAGCUAUGGUAUAAAACAUCGCAGACAAGUACAUUCUCUACAGUUAAUAAUACUGAAAACGGUGUAUAUAUCAUCGACAAUCUUAGGCCUACACUACACAUGACUGUUAGAUUCUACACACAGCACUCAAGAUUAGUUGCCGGCGUAGAAACCGAUGGACCACCUAGUGAACAUGGAUCAGCAGAGACUAUAUGCAGUAAGCCUUUAGAAGAGCCAGAAAUAGAAUCUACAACAGUUAAAGGUAAUGAGAUUAUCUUAAAAUUGAAGCCUGUAUCAAAUGCUCCUGAGCGAAUCCAAUGCGAUGAUAUACUUCGUUAUCAAGUGCGACACCAAAACAAAAAUGGAAAUGAACAUGACAUUGUCAACACAACGGAUGGCUUACAAACAGAAGUCAACAUUUCAGGAUUAUCACCAGGAUGUGUUUUUUAUCACGUCGACUCUAGAGUUGUUAAUAAUGCAGAAAUUACUGGAGAUUGGGGAAAGCCAAUAUCGGUACAAUCAGCGCCCUCAGCGCCCUCAAUUACCAACGAUUCAGUACUGGAAAGAACGUUUUUAUUAAUGAAAUGGAAUGCUGCUACUUGUACCAGCACCCAGAAUAAUUUGAGUUACCAUUAUGAACUAUCAGGAGGAAUCCACCAAGGAAGUACAACAAAAACUGAAGUUCUUAUAGAUGAUGGAAUUGUACCUUGUACUCAGUACACAUUUUCAGUUUCAGCAUCGCAUAUGAACGUUAGCAGCAAUACUGAUAUUAUGGAGGUCAUGUCUGGUGUUGACUAUCCUGGAAAACCAACCAUUAGUUCGUUAACAUCAACGUCUUCAUCAAUCACACUGGAAUUGACAUUAUCUGAUGAUAAUCCAUGUACAAUACUUGGAUACAAUGUGCUUGUAUAUAGUGAUGUACAGAAUUUAAAUUUCACUAUGGAUAUCACAGCGGCUUCACUGACAAUUAAUGAAAAUAUAAUGCCGAAUACCAACUACACUGUCCAGAUAGCAGCCAGAACUCAAAAAGGCUUCGGUAAUUUCUCAGAUGCUGAUUAUGUGUCUACCGAUGCAGAUAACCCUGGCAAAGGUGCUAUAGUAGGUGGUGUUAUCGGAGGUUUAUCUGUGGCAGCCAGUGCGAUUGUUUUUGUCUUGAUUUUUGUUAAACGACGCCGUAAUUCAAGCAAAGAAGUUGUUAGACAUGAUGUUGCUCAAAAACAAGUUGUUUUCGACUCAGAAAAUGAAUUGAUGCCUGCAGUUGAGGGUCAUGCUAAUGCAGUAGAUGUGAAAAGUCCGAAUGAUGAGGAUGAUGGUGCUCCUUUAACUGAAAACAUGUACGCGAACUCUGAACCUGUUUAUGGAAAUACAAACUUAGAAAAUCAGGAAUACAGACCGAUUGAGUUAGCAUUUCUGCACGAUUACGUGAAGAAACAAAACAGUAGCUUAAAAAGCGGAUUUGAAAAGGAAUUUGAGGACAUUGGCAACAAGCCCCUGUAUCCCUGGACCGCUGCAAAACAUGCCAAGAAUAGAACUAAAAACAGAUAUGCAAAUGUUAUUCCAUAUGACAAUUCACGUGUAGUACUUGAUGUGUGGAAUAACAUCCCUGAGUCAGACUAUAUAAAUGCUUCGUAUAUAGAUGGAUAUACGACACCACGUGAAUUCAUUGCAUGUCAAGGUCCAAAUGUUGCGUCAGUCAAUGAUAUGUGGAGAAUGAUCUGGCAGGAAAAGUCAGCGAUAAUUGUGGUUGUUACUAACGUCGUUGAAGGAACCAAGCGAAAAUGCGAGCAGUAUUGGCCAGAAGUAAAUGAUGGUAAAAUAUAUGCAAACAUUAAUGUAGCGAACGCCGGUGAGACCAAAUAUGGACAUUUUGUGGUUAGAAAUCUACAACUUCAGAAGGUUGGGACAGAAGAGGUACAUAAUGUUUUUCAAUAUCAUUUCACUGAUUGGCCAGAUAAGAGUGUUCCCCGCGCUGUUCCACAUUUGAUUGACUUCAUCUACGCGUUUAGAACAGCACAGCAGAAUUCUCCAAGCGACAGUGGACCAGUCAUAGUACACUGCAGGUAA